CUCUGGCUUCAGGAUGCUGGUUUGUCUCCACUGGUGACGGGGUGAAGAAGAAGAGGUGGAUAAAGUCGUGUUGUUGUCCACGCUGACCAGGACACAAGCUGCAGCGGUUCAGAGGCGCAUUGAUUCAUACACCUGCUCACUGCGCAAGAGAAACAAAACAACACCUCCACACGUCAAAGACAUCUUUACUUCACCCAUCAGUCAGACUGCAGUGCCAGAAACACACAACAGUGAGUCUGACCACACACAGACACAUGGAGAACAUCACAAAGACCCAGAGAUCAGCUGCCAGUGUUCAGGAGUGUUCAGCUCAACAGAAGGAUGAGAUCUUUAUCACAGAUGUGGCGUAUUGUGAACAGGCGGCCAUCUUACUAAAACAAUCCAAACUACCAACACACAACAGCAGUGAGUGGAGGAGAGAUGAUGGAGCUCUGCCGAGAGUGAUCUGCCCACAGUGUCGUCUGGGAGUGACGCGGGUGGUGGAUUUAUCCCAGCAGGACAUGAAGAAGGUCCGUCAGUUGGCUCUGAUUGACAUGACGGCUCUUUGUGAUCUGCUGGAACUCGAGGUCAAACGACACAAAACUUGCAAAAGGAAAAUUGCUGAGAGUUGUUUGUUUGGUGUUCCUCUCGCCUCAUUGGUGGAGAACGAUCAGAAGACCAAACCCAAUCUUCAGAUUCCUCUGUUUCUUCAAACACUUCUGUCUCUUCUGGAGAAGAAAGGUCUGGAGUCUGAGGGGAUUCUGAGGGUUCCAGGAUCUCAGGCAGAAUCAAAGUCCGUUCUUCAGCAGAAGUUGGAGAAGUCGUUUUAUGGAGGUUCAUUCUGUUGGGAUGACGUUAGUCCAAAUGAUGCUGCAGCGCUCCUGAAGAAAUUCAUCCGUGAGCUUCCAGCUCCACUGCUGACCGCUGAACAUCUCGACACGUUCAGUGCUGUCAGAGAUAUUGCAGACUUGAAACAGAAGUUGCAUGUGUUGAAUUUGCUUGUGCUGCUACUGCCAGAAGCCAACAGAAACACACUUAAGGCUCUGCUGGAGUUUCUCAGUAAAGUGAUCUUUCAUGAGCGUAGAAACCGUAUGAAUCUGUGGGCCGUCUCCACCAUCAUGGCUCCAAACCUCUUUCUUCAUAAAGCAGUGCCCAGUAAACUGACAACAGACGGUCAAGAGAAAGGUCAGGCAGAACGGGCCGCCGACAUCAUGAGACUCCUCAUACGCUAUCAAGACCUGCUGUGGACGGUGCCAAACUUCCUGAUGAGUCAGGUGAGGAAACUGAACGAGAACAACAGUCGCCGCUAUCAGUUUUACGACAAACGCAUCAAGAACCUGCUCAAGAAGAUCCACACAGACAACAAAGACAAACCUGAGAAAAACUCUGCUGAGCCUCGUCGUACAGUAAAGGUUCAGCUGGGAGAUGUGAGUUUUUCAAUGGAGUUUCGUCUCACCAUUAAUUCUCGCGCUUCAGAUCUGAUGUCACAGUUUUAUAAAGAACUACACACUUCUGACAACAGCAAGAGUUUAUUAAAACGAAAUGGUAUGACAUCAUCUCCAGACUGUGCCAUCUACGAAGUGGGUGGAAAUAUUGGUGAACUCUGUGUGAAUCCAGAUACACAUUUAUUUGAUCUUUAUAAUAACAACCCCAGUGGUGAAUGGAUCAUUAAAGUCCGAUCAGACAGCAGAGGGCAGUAGAGAGACACACAACACAACACAACACAACUCCCCAUCACAAUGUGAAACAGAUGAAAGUGUUUUUCUUCUUAAACUUCACCUCAAUGAGAAGCUGUGAGAUUCUCUGAAGAAUAAAUUAAUCCUCAAUGACACACAGGAAGUGAUGUCACAAAACAUUCAUAAUGUAAUGAAGCUGGACUUCUGCAUUUAAAUGGACAAACGACGACUUCAGAUUGUAUGGCACUACUAAUGUUGUUUAUUUAUUAACUGUUAGUGUACGGUUGUGUUUGUUAUGUGAGGGAAAUGAAUGACUGAGGUGUUAUUUUGUACAGAUUUGUGCCUGACAGUAUUAAACAUGUCAUUCAUUUGAAUCUUAUUGCUAUAAGCUUUUUCUGAAACAGACUUUAUCAUCUGUAGACGGUGUUGACCUUCAGUGUUUCUGUAUCACAUUUAAAUGACUGUUAUUGUACAGUUUUGAUGAAUGUUUUUAACACUUCUGGAUCUUUGAUACACACCACACACACACACACAUCUCUCUCAGGCAGCAUGUUAUAUUUAAAGUGAUGUAUUAACAGUUUGAUGAUGAAUUAUUCCCAGAUCUUUUGUUGUCUGAAUGCUGAUAACAGUGACAUUAAAUCUCAUGAUCUGUGUCUGUAGUAAAAACAUGCUGAAGUUUUUGUUGACAUUACAUCACUGAACUGAAGCCCAACACAAACAGCACAUGUGUUGUGUUGUUGUGUUGUGUUAAGACACGUUUGACAUUUUUACACAAUAAGAGUGUGUGAGUGCUGUAGUGUCACAGCUGAAUGAUCAGAGACAAAGAUCUUCAGUCUGAAUCAGAUGUAGGUCAUCACUGUGACCAUCACAAACACAUGGACGAUUCCCACACACACACACACACACACACAGUAAAAUAACACACAGAUACACAACUCUUACAGUGUUAUUCAUCAUUUAUCAUAAAUAUAUUUCAUCUGUUUAGAAAUGAAAGCUCUUCAGAUGUUGAAUUCUGCUUGUAUGUCAUUGUGGCUUUGUGAAGGAUUUUGUAUCUGUCAUUUAAUAAAUUUGAGGAGGAGGAGUUUUGUUAACGGAAUGAUGAAGAGGAAAUUCUGUCUGUGUGCGUGUGUGUGCAUAUGUAAAUGUGUUUUUGUGUGCAUGCGUGUGUGUGUGUGUGUGUGUGUGUGUGUGUGUGUGUGUGUGUGCAUGGGUCAUUCUACAGAAACGUCACUUUUGGUAUGGCAAGAUGUCUUAAAAUGUAUUUCUUAUUCUAACAUUUAAACUUAGACCACAUUAUUAGAUUACUCUUUGACUUUAUAAGUACACAUAAAUGAAAGCUUAAUGAAUUUUGUGUGCAUGUACUUAAAGACUACAUAGACCUUUUUUGUUACUGGUGUUACCUUACUUCUUUAGCAAUAUUAUAGGCAUUUAUGAAAUAUUAUUUACAUUUUUUGAGCUUUAAAGCUUAAUUCUUAAGUGUAGCAGAUUUUAUUUAAUGUGAAAGAAAAAAACAGUAACACCAGUGACACAACAAAUCACCAGUGACAAUUUUCACUGCAUUUUACAAAUUUCUGCUGCAAAGUAUCAAACCAUCAUUGUAUAUUCACUAAAUUAAGUACUUUAAUCCAUUUGUAUUCUAUUUUUUUGCAAUUCCCAAAGAAUAAGGGAGGUCAUACCAGUGACUUAAACUAAAAGCUUCAUAUGAAAUCAUGAGAUAAAUGAGAAGAUUUCUGAUAUCUGAAAAGAGACAGUGGACUUAUAUGGGCUUCUCUUCAUAGAUCUCCAGGAAAUUAAAAGAAGGAAGUGAUGUCAUCAGUGUGAUUUUGAUUUAAAAAUAAGAGCUUUUUUGUUAAUGACCCAACCCCAGAGGACCACUACUUUCAUUAUAUAUUUUAUAAUAUUUUUUAGUAUUUUGUUUUUUAAUGUAAUUUACAUCAUUUAUUUGAAAGUUAUGGACACAUUAUUGUAUUUUAAAUGGAAGAAAACACUGUUUUUGAUCUCAAAAUAAAGCAUUUUCCCUCUGUACAUGACUGUGGAGACGAGCACCUCUGUGGCGCUUGGAAUUCUAAUUCAUUAAUAAAAAUCAAAUAUUGCUACAUUGAUGGCUCAAGACAAUUGUUCAAAUAAAUAAAAAAAUUUCAUUUAAAAUAUAAAAAAUGUAACCCUAAGUGCUUCAAGUGUAAUAAUUCUGUAAAGGCUAGGGACAGAAAAAUUGACAUUUCCGCAGAAUGACCCGCACACAUGAAUUUGCAUGUGUUUUUGUGCAUAUGUGUGUGUUUUUGUGUAUGUGUUGUUCAGAUGGACAGCUGCUCUGUGUGCAUUAUCUCUGUCAAAUGUGCUGUAAAAUGACAACAGCAUCACAUCAAUACUAUCAGUGACACACAGACCGACACAAACCAACAGGUUCAUAAUGAACACAGUGAACACAUCAACUCAAUGAGAUCUUACAGCUGUGAGGAUCUGCUGAUGAACAACCCUGAAAAAACAUCUCUCUCUGUCUCUCUCUCUCAAUUGAUCGAUUUAUCAUACAAUUACAGUUAAACCACUGACA